AUGACACCCGCAGGAGGCAGCGUCGCCGGAGGCCCUUUGAUAGCGGCAGCAGGAAUGUCCAGCGGUGAUUUUCCCUCUCACGAAUUCUCCGACGAUGAAUUUGCCGCCUCCAGCCUUUUCGACUUCUCAAACAGCCCCGACACAUUGCAGAGCUUGGACGCCAUUGGCUCCAAAGACGACAAAUCUUUCUUAAACCCUCAGGAACUGACUACCACCGGACCCUUUCCCGAUUCACCCAGUGGCUCUUACCACGACUCGUCCUCCGAGUCGGCUUCGUCCACAAAGAGGACUGGCAGCUCCGACUCGACCAAGACGCCUACUGCGGCUGACGAAAGCACCAUGACUGACGGCGCUGACGUGAAGAUGGACUGGGGUGCCGCCAAUUAUACUCCUUUUGACGACGAUGAGAAUACAUUUACGUUCGGUCGCGAGGCUGACACUUCCGCCAUGGAGGGGCUGUACGGAUUUGGCGAGCAGGAUGACAGCUUCGCGGACCGAUCCUUUGAUUUUGAGAGCGCUUCGAGUAGCCCCGAGGCACACAACGCCCGUCAACAUACCAUGGCAUCACCGGGCAUGCCCACUAUCAAGCCGUCGAAUAUCAAAUCCGAAAAGCCUGCGCGCAGACCCAGCACCAAGGCCAAGACGAUAAAUCACAGGAGGAAAAGCUCACAACAUUCGACGUCGUCAAGCGGCGUCAAGACUUCAGCUUCGAGAGAGGUUUCCCCCAUGUCAGCCCUGGUGACGAGCCACAAUUCAUCUCCGGCAGCAAAUUGCUUCAGUUCGCCUUCUCCUCUCAGCAAUCACGCCAACGGAAAAGCCAUAUGGCCUAACAGAAUAGAUGCUGCGACAGCCACAGCACCGGAUGCGCUACCCACUCCCACGCAUUUGAUCAACCAGAUGCCCCAGUCGACGCAUAUUCCUCAACAUAUGCCACUCUACAGCGGUAAUCCUGUUUAUAGUUUUACCGGCGGCUAUGAGUUGAGAAUCCUGCCCACGCCUCUGAAAUCGCGUGUCGAGACGCAAAUUCCGAUCAAGAUGACACUGUCGCCAUUACCACCAGGCGUAACCAAACUGCACUUGCCCACCCACACUAUAUCGAAACCUAAGCUACUGGCUCGGCCAAGCCCUGAACGAUCUCCAGAUACCCUUGAACUGCAUGUCAGCCUGGUUUGCACAAGUGCCAUGGAGCAAGGAGAUGUCAAGAAGAAGGCGCUGGACAGAGCCGCAUCCGUACCACGGGGCUACUUGCCAGAUCUUGACGAUGAAGAGAACUCGCCUCAAAAGGGAGGAGACGUCCGAAUCUGCGCCGGGUGUAUCACGCGAGAACGGAAACGAGCUGCACGAAAGAAGAUCAAAAAGCCAGAGGAAGAGAAGAUUUGGAGUCGAGACGAGGAGCGACGUGUCAUCGUCUUCAAUACCCAGGAAGUCAAGGAAUGGCAGCCCCUGAGCGGUGUCUUAGAUGUCAGCGGACGCCCUGAUCCGGUCAUCACACGCGCCAUGCAGGUCGAUGCUCCCAUGAGGAUUGCCUGCUACUGCCGGCAUCAUGGUGAGAAGAUGGGCUUCAACGUCAUCUUCACCAUCAAAGACUUUCAAGAUCGCCUCGUUGCACAGGCCAUGUCCAAUCCAAUCAUGAUUACAGACGACCACAAGACUCAUCCCAUUGCUCAAGUCCCGAAUCCUCAGGUGUCGGAGGCAGUCACCUCGACCACAAUUCCUAUCCAUGUGCCUCAGCCUAUGGAGAACAACCACAUCGCGCCGGCGCCCGGCACUCGAGCCGGAACAUUUCAAGUGUCAUCGACGAACGCAGACGUUAAUCCCCAGCAAGGUGGUCACUCGCCGUACGCAGGGUCUGUCGCCUCAGGCAAGACAACUUCCACGAUGAGCACUCCGACGGCAACUGGACGAAGUCUUUCUCGACCUUCGUCACCGAAUCAAGGCGGGCCGGCCAAGAAGAGAAAGUCGAGCAGUUCGAGAGUACCUAACGGCUUGACGAUGACGAGACUGGAUACCUCACCACCACCGGGGGGCUCUCAAGCAACUUCAGCACAGAUUUCUACAGCGGCGUCUCCUUUCUCUCCCCAUCAAAGCCCGUUCCCACAGCCAGACCCGAUGUUUGGGGCCAUGAAUGGCCAGGCUCCACUUGCCAAUGGACCUCCGACUCCUUGUAGCAACGACCAAGUGCCGUUCUUCUCUAACCGUUCGGUGAGCAUGGACAACCUGGCAAUGGCUCAGUUGUACUCUGCGCCAACAUCGACCCAUCCAAGUCGAGCCCCUAGCCCCAACGGCCUGAGAAACAGUGUUAGCAGCGGCAUGCAAAAUCAGUUCACGCAUAGCCUGGCGGCCAACUUGUAUUCCUUGCCUCUCAGCGUCAACCAAACGCGAGCGCCUCCCACUAUACACAAGAUCAUCCCCAACGAGGGGCCCAAAAUCGGAGGCAUCGAGGUCACGGUAUUGGGUGCUGCAUUCUUCCAAGGCCUAGAGGUCUUCUUUGGCGAUCAGAAGGCUACGACCACAACGUACUGGGGUGACUCCUCUCUCGUCUGCUUGCUACCCCCGUCACCCGUUGCCGGCACCGUUGCGGUGACGUUCAAACACCAAGGCAUCCCUGGGGCUCAGAACUUCGCCAUGGGCAAGCAGCCGCCCACGUUCAAGUACAUCGACGAUAAUGAAGACAAGCUCAUCAGGACAGCAUUGUCCGUGCUUGGACACAAAAUGUCUGGUCAGAUGGUCGACGUUAGUGAUUUGGCGCGCCGGAUUCUCAAUGAUGGCAACUCGACUUGGGCAAGCGGAGGCGGCUCAUCGUCCUCAGCCGGAGGCCCAAUGUUCAACCACGCUGCCACGUCUCGUGAACAUCUCGAGUCGCAGCUCCUCAGGUGCUUGGAUCUCAUUGACCUUGACGAUAGCACCCACAAGACACGUCUCGAUCUGAGGAGACCCACGGGUCAUACUAUGCUUCACUUGGCCUGCUCACUAGGAUAUCAUCGAUUCGUCGCUGCACUUCUUGCCCGCGGCGCCAACCCUGAUGCGCGCGACAAGGGAGGCUUUACGCCAUUGCACCUGGCUGCCAUCCACAACCACCCCGAGAUUGUGAGACGCCUGAUGCUCGUCGGUGCAGACCCCACGAUUCGAAGCUUGUCCAGCCUGACGCCUGCCGAUGUUGCCCAGUCACGGGCUGUUUUGCGUUCAAUCCGCUACUCUGAGCGACACGUACGAUCUCGAAGCGGUGGCUCGCUCCACAGCAGACCCAGCAGUGUCACCUCGCUGCGCUCCUUGUGGGAGCCCAUGACAAGAGCACACACUCACGAUGAGCCAAUCUCAGUUGAUUCAAGCGAGGAGAGCCCUGAAUACACAUCCGGGGAUUUCGAGGACGAAGACCCGGACGAAGACGUCUACCUCACGAUGCGACGCGCCAGCGCCAUUGGACCAGACGAGAAAUCCACCGAACACAUGGAAGAGCCAAGCCGGCCUGGCAGUGGAAUGGCUUCUCCCACUACGGCCCUUGCGGCUGCCCUGAAAGAUCAAGUGCACCAGCAGCUCCAGCAGCUCCAACAGUCCAUGGCACUGCAUCUGCACAACCUCGCCCACUUCCCUCACAUGCCCGCCCUGCCUGGAAUGGCAAUGCUCCCCGACUACCAGGCAUACUUUCAGCGUGUGCAGCAGCUCAUGCCAGGCAUGUCUGGCGCCCGCCCAGGACCGGCUGGCUCGGCCGGCGAAAGCCAGGGCAAGGUGGACGGCCGCUGGUGGGACAUCAGCUCCUACAUCAACAAUGCCGGCGCAGUGCCACCCCCUGCGUACGAGGACAUUUUCCCCCAGCAGGAUGUGGACAAGAAGCAGGAAUCCGCCGUCAGAGCCGCCGCAGAUGCCGAGGCCGAUAUGAAGUGUACGACCCUGUACGACCAGAGCACAUCGACGGCGGCGACGACGACAACGACAACGAGCACUGCCACUCCUCCUCGUGCCAGGACCGAUGCGCCGGAGAUUCUCAAGAUUGGACGCAAAAAUGCCAUCACCAAGGAGCAACAGGAGCAGUUCCUGCGAGCACGCGAGAUCAAGUUGAAGAGUCUCCGUAGCGACCGAAACCUCUUCUUUGUUUGGAUUCCCCUUCUUCUGAUAGUGAUGUGCGCUAUGCUGUACAGCUACUGUCCCUCGCUUUUCGCUUUCCUCUGGACCUCUGCCCGGGCCCUGGCGCAGGCUGGCCACAACCGAGCAUCUCGGCUGACGAGCACCGCGCCGGUACGCGAUGUAGAAGUAUGA